GUUUUUUUGCACCCGUCUAAGUCUUGUAUCAGCGUCCGUCGUCAAUAAAACACCUGCGAAAUCAGCUUUCUUCUUUAUUCCUCUUCCUCUUUAUUUGAUUCAUCUGCGCCCCUACCAGACAACCAUGGAUUAUACAGAGGACAGCCAGAACACCGCUCCCGGAAGUCUCCAAGCUUCCAAGCUUGGUGCCACGAAGAAAGGCCCCGAUGCCGCCAGCGUCACCAAGAGACUACAGACUGAGCUUAUGCAACUCAUGACUUCUCCUGCCCCUGGUGUCUCUGCCUUUCCCUCCGCCGAUGGCAACCUUAUGAGCUGGACUGCCACCAUCGAAGGACCCGAAGGCACUCCCUACGCUGGCUUGACCCUCAAGCUGAGCCUAUCCUUCCCCAGCAACUAUCCUUACGCCCCGCCCGUCGUCCUUUUCAAGACUCCAAUCUACCACCCCAACUUCGACUUCUCCGGCCGCAUCUGUCUUGACAUCCUCAAAGACAAGUGGACUGCUGCCUACAACAUUCAGACCGUGCUGCUGAGUCUGCAGAGCCUGCUAGGCGAACCCAACAACGCAUCCCCCUUGAAUGGCGAGGCCGCUGAGCUCUGGGAUAAGGACCCCGAGGAGUUCAAACGCAAGGUCCUGGCCCGCCACCGCGAUAUUGACGACGACUGAUGGAGCAUGGAAUGGGGGAGGAGCUGGACCGUGAUACUUGCGACGCCGGCGGCACGGGCAGGCAUUAUACCCGAGUUCUGGAGAAUUGGAGUUGUUUGUAUUCAUACAUGGCACACAAGUCAGCGCGGAAUGGCUGGUUUGGGACUUUUGGUGUUGGUCAGCGGGAUAGGCAACUUGGGCUGCAUGGCAUACAUUGGUACCAAUGGACUCUUGUUUUAUGAAUGGUUUGUUCUCCUUUCCCUGUAGGCGAAGCAGACAGACACGACCCCAUUUGUCGACAGCAAACGCCAAAAAUCUUCUAUGGAACCGCCUGACAGUGACACCCGAAGCUCAUGGCAAAUCGUUAUCAUCAUCGUCCACGGUCACGACCACCACAUUCCUCACUGGGCCUUGAAUUGGGGA